ACUGCACUGUUUAAUAAGUUCAUGCCGCGCCGCCAGAUGACGCCGGUGAGCUAUAGUCUAUACCACUCACUCAAUUCAAGUCAGGAAGAAAAAAAAGGCUGUAAAAAAUGUUUUAAAACUCCUCGAAAAUAUGAAAAAGACGGCUGCCAUCAAAGUUUCUAAGGCCUCUGAUGUGGCAGGAAACAUGAAGAAACCUUUGAUCUGUUUCAUCUCUCCACUGAGCAGACCAGCAUCGCAGCGCACUGGUAUCAGGAAGAAACGCUUGAUAGCAGGGACAAAGAAAGUUCCCUGCAAGCAAGGUACCGAUCGACAUCCCCAUAAAUCUGUUGUCUCAUUAAGUGACCAUGAUAUAUCAGCACUGAAGUCUUCAGCAAUGAAAACAGCUCAUGCUUUCACGAAGACUGUGAAGUCCAGAAGAGGGGAACGAGCUUCUGACCUGAAUCAAGAUCAAUGUGACAAUAUCCAAGAAAGUGCAAAGACAUAUAGAAUUACAAGAAAGAAAUCUUCACCAUUCUCUUCUGUAGCAUCAAAGUCACCUAGAAUCCAGAAGCAUCAACAUGGCAUGCUUUUUAUAUCUCCAGGCAAAAGGUCACAGUCUAAGAGCAUUCAUGGAUUGGAUGGGAUUCAUAGACGUUGUACAGUGUCCUUGACACCAGAAGACAAGAAGAAGCUGAGUAAGGCCAUUGAGAAAAGGAUAAGAAAGCAAAGGAAAAGUGGAAAGGAUCAGAAUGCUGCCAUACCCGUUGGUGAUCUUUCAUUCUCUACAAGCGACCAUGAUGCAUCUUUCCUAUCAUCAAACAGGUCUAUCGUGAUGGAAGUUCAUGGAUCUACUGAAUCUUUAAAGCAUCAAAACCAAUGCUCCCGUCUCGACAGGAUUAGCAAGGUGAGUGAUGAACCUACAGCUAUGAUCACCAGUAAGAAAUCAAUAUCUAUGAAAACUGCAGAAUCAAAUUUACCAGGAGUUCUGAAGCAAAGGAACAAGAGGCCUUUUAUUUCACCUGUGAAGAGGUCACUAUCUAAACCCAAACAUGGUUCAGAUAGAAUCAGUCAAGGCCGUACAGUGUCUAUGACAAUUGUGGAUAUGAAGAAGUUUGACAAGGCCAUCAAGAGUAAGGUAAAAAAGAGAAAGAUAAAUGAAACCAUAGACAGAGAUGCCCAAUCACUUGAGCUAGACAUUUCAAAUGGCAAUGAUGUCUCUUGUUCAUCUUCAAACAAGUCUGUGGGGAUGAAAGUGGAUGGCUGUGAUUCCUCGUACAAUCCGAAACAAGAUGACUUUCUUCAAAAAAUUGAUGAAAUGUAUCUUGAAUCUGAUAUGAAAAGAAAGAAGCCUUGUAUGACUGAUAUGAAAAGAAAGAAGCCUUGUAUGACAAUGUCUAAGGGAUCUAGUUCACAUAGAAUUCAAAAGCAACCGAACAGGAUGUAUUUUGUCUCACCUGGAAAAAAGUAUAGGCAAACAGCAUCGGUACCAUCUAAAGGAAAGAAGAAAAUACAAGAAUCCAUUAAUUACUGUGGGACAAAGAUGAAGAAACCUGACAAGAUCAAUGUUAAGACCAGACCAGACAAUAGUUCAUUAACUACAAGUGACUAUGAUGUCUCUAGAUCGAGCAGUUCACCAGGGUUGGAAGCAGAUAGCUUUUUGUCUGGUAUGGCAUACAAAACUAAAGAUUCCACUCAAAAUCUGAAACACGAUGAUCAUCCUAGGAGUAAGGACAAUGUGGAUUUAUAUGUACAGGAACCAGAGCCAACUCUGCAGAAUAAAGCAGUGUCACCUAAACUGAAACAAAAGAUGGAAGCUAUCACUCAUACAUUUGGUUUUGAGAUACAGAGAAAAAGUGGAAGAACUCCAAAUUUGGACUUCAAGAAAUUGGAUGAGGUGUAUGAGAGAAGAUUCAACCCAAGUCAGAGAGAUAAUCAAGAAAAGAAAAGCAGUGAUCAAGAAAGAUCUCGUGCUGAUUUGAAGUUGAAAAAAAUGGCUGAGAGGAGGUUCAACCCUACUGAAGACUGUCCUGAAGCAGUGGUGAACAUGGACACAGUAGCAAGGAUCAGAAGUAUUCAAAAUGGACAGACAAACUCUAGGAGCUCUAGCCCACCCUCCAUCCAGAGAUGUGCUUUUGCUCGAGAUAUCAUUCAUCCAGAAUCAGAUGAAAUGAGUGACAGUACUGUUGAUGAAGCAGACAGGAGUCUGUUAGAGAAAGAAAUCAGUAACUUCUUUGAGGGUAAGAGGGGGCAGGCUUGUCUUGAUUUCAUAAAAGGUGCAGUGUCCUUUGAUGUGACACCUAACUGUGUCCGACAAGAAACCAUGUCAUCAGGAAAUGGGCCUGUCACAAGCACAGGACAAAAUGCACAUUCCGACAAUGUGCAAAACCUUGAUGAUGUCAUAGUCAUUGAUGACAGCCACUGUAAUAUAACUCCAAAUAUCCUUCAAGUGAAAGACAACCAGACAUCACUCAAGAGUGCAUCACCGGCAGUCCAAAAGGAUGCUUCAGCUUCGACUGAAUAUAACUUUGGUGAACACUUGCCUAUUGAUGUAGACGUGGAUGAACCCCUGAAUGAUGCAUGUACACCCUACCAGCAUUCAAUUCCUGCCGGUUCUAACCAUCAUCAUGAAGCACAACCAAAGACCACAUCCAGCAAUUCACCUGCACCCUGGGCUGCAAUAGAAAUGGAUAAGGGACUGUUUGUGAUGUACUGCCAUGAGGAGACUGCCCCAUGCAUUCUCAAGGACUUUGAAGGUUACCCAAACAUCAUACAAAGCAGCAGUUUGACAAUGACCUACCUCAGUGAAAAAUCCUUGGUGAAAGUGCAAGGAAUGGUGCUUCUGGAAGAACACAGCAUGAUCAGACCAAAUAAAGUUCGAAAAGAAGAAGACAAAGCUGAGAAAAGAGAGAAACGUAGCAAACCAAAAAAGAAGACCAAAAAGCAGGCAAAGAAUAAAAAGGAGAAGAAAUUUCCUAAAAGUGAAGCAGAAAUAAAAAGAAAAGAGGCUGGAAAUGAGACCAAAAUGAUGACAUCAAAUGGGAAAACAGGAAAUAAGGAUGCAAAUAUGGAGGUUCAAAAGAAGACCAAAAAAAGGUCAUCAAAGAAGACACAAAUGAAGGAUGUACAUGAAAUUCUGAAUGGAAAACAGAAGCCAAGUAAAGUGACCAAGAAUAAAAAAGGCAAAGAAAAUAAGGAAGGAGUGACCAAACAGACAAAAAGUGAAACAAUUAAACAUGAAACGAAAGUGGACACAGGGAACAAAAACAAGGCAAUGAAGAGCAAGAAGAAGACUAGAGAUGAUAAGUCGAUCAAAAAGAAGACGGAUAAACACACCAAAGAGGGCAUCACAAUGAAUAUGAAAAAGACAAAAAAGAAAAGUAAAGAAAGGCCUGAAAAGGAGAAUACCAAAAAGGAUUCAAAACGGAAAAAGAUCAAAAGCAAGAAGGAAGUCAAGAUAACUCAAGAUAGUGAUACUGGUAGAUUGACAAUAAUCAAUGGAUCAGCUACAAAAGGUUCCAGAAAGAAGAGGAUUGGAGCUCAAGAGGAAAAUUGUUUUAUUACUGGACCUGUGUUGAUCUUGGGCCAUUCCCAGCUACUUUGA